CGUUACGCAGUCCUAACACUCUGAGUUGCGCGGAGCAGGAAUGGAAGAGCCCAGCGGCAUCCUGAUUAAAGGAGGCAAAGUUGUGAACGAGGACUGCUCCGUGAUCGGCGACGUCUACAUCGAAAAUGGGAAAAUAGUUGAGGUUGGACUGAAUCUUCAGAUUCCAAAAAGAGUGCGAGUCAUUGAUGCCACCGAUAAACUGGUGAUCCCCGGUGGCAUCGACACGCACACGCACAUGGAACUGGCGUUCAUGGGAACCAGAGCUGUGGACGACUUCCAUAUUGGAACCAAAGCUGCUCUGGCAGGAGGGACCACAAUGAUCCUGGACUUUGUCAUCCCCCAGAAGGGCAAGUCUCUUCUGGAGGCUCAUGACCGAUGGCGUGAGACGGCUGAUCCCAAAGUUUGCUGCGACUACUCGUUGCACGUUGCGGUCACAUGGUGGAGUGACAAGGUCAAGAAAGAGAUGGAGACUCUGGCCAGAGAGAAAGGAGUAAAUUCCUUCAAGAUGUUUAUGGCCUAUAAAGAUGUGUUUAUGCUGCAGGAUUCUGAGCUAUAUGCUGCUUUUGCUCAGUGUAAGGAGGUCGGAGCCAUAGCUCAGGUUCAUGCUGAGAAUGGAGAUUUGAUUGCAGAGGGGGCUAAGAAGAUGCUGUCCAUGGGCAUCACAGGACCAGAGGGCCAUGAACUGUGUCGGCCAGAAGAGGUGGAGGCCGAAGCCACCCAGCGAGCUAUCACCAUCGCCCAUGCUGUCAACUGCCCGCUCUAUGUGGUUCAUGUCAUGAGUAAAUCUGCCGCCAAGGUUGUGUCUAACGCACGCAGAGAUGGGCGUGUAGUGUUUGGGGAGCCAAUUGCAGCUGGUUUGGGCACUGAUGGUACCCAGUAUUGGCACAAAGACUGGGCCCAUGCUGCUGGUUUUGUCAUGGGUCCUCCGCUUCGACCUGACCCCAGCACACCUGGGUACCUUAUGGACCUACUAGCUAAUGAUGACUUAAGUGUGACAGGGACGGACAACUGCACCUUCUCUGUGUGCCAGAAAGCCCUGGGCAAGGACGACUUCACCAAGAUCCCUAACGGUGUGAACGGUGUCGAGGACAGAAUGUCUGUCAUCUGGGAAAAAGGAGUGCAUAGUGGCAAAAUGGACGAGAACCGAUUUGUGGCUGUCACCAGCAGCAACGCAGCAAAAAUCUUCAACUUCUACCCGCAGAAAGGCCGAAUCGCCAAGAACUCGGAUGCUGAUGUGGUUAUAUGGGACCCAAGGAUGACCAGGAAAAUAUCAGCCAAGACUCAUCACCAGGCUGUGGACUACAACAUCUUUGAGGGUAUGGAGUGUCAUGGGGUACCUGUCAUUACCAUCUCCAGAGGCAAAGUGGUGUAUGAGGAUGGGCAGCUGAAGGUGUCACCAGGACAUGGCCAGUUCAUCCACAGAAAACCGUUUUCUGAGUUUGUUUACAAACGAAUCAAGCAGCGGGAGCAGGUGAGGAAACCUACAGCUGUGACCAGAAAGCCAUAUGAAGGCAAAGUCAUUUCUGUCUGAACAUAUACCUGGGAACUUAAAGGGCACCUUAAAUCUCCAACAGUACAACCCAGAAGCUACCCAUUGCACAAACAACAAGUGUUUUCUCAAAGACGACCUUCAUUGGAGUAGCUUUUUGCAUUUCAAGCAUAUGAGGGUUAUAACAUGUUGAAUUUCUGCCUGAGUCAAUGCUCCGCUGGAAGAGGAAACUGAGUCACAUACAGCUGUAUCUGCAGCCAGCUCUGUUCAGUACACAGCUCACAAAAACCAACUCUGCUGCUGCAAACUAUACAUUUGUUACUAACACCAUUAUGUAAUAACGCAACUCACCAUAAGAAAUGCAAAUCAGGUUUAUGCAUGAGUUCCUGGUUAGUAAAUGAAAAGUCUCUAAAUAGAAAAACCCAAUUUCACUGUAUAUUGUGUUCUGUGCUCUAAAACAAUAGUAAAUCAACAUUUAUAGUUGUGUGUAA